UUUAGGGAAAAGGAACUGCCUUGGUUUCAACUUCCAAGCGUCUUUCUUUCUUUAAUUCAUUUCUCCGUCUCCGUUUCUUCGCUCUUCGGCUCUUCCGACACUCAUCUCCUUCGAGUUUCAGUUAAAGCUCCAACCCUAGAGCGCCCCUAACUUCCUCCACUACUUGAUUCUUUCCCUCUCCCCCCGAACUCGUAAGGUCUGAAGUGCCUUCUCAUUUGUUUUAAGAGCUUUAGUGUGUAUGAAAGAUGUCAAAACUGCGAGCACUCUGGCAAGCUUCUGUAAAUUCAACAAAAAAAGCUCUCGCUUGGAAUGUUGAAGACUGGAUACCACCUACUGAAAAAUACAUCUUUAGUUUCAAUUCCAAGCAAGAAGUUAAGAAGUGGCAUUUAUAUUCAGAUUCGGAGUAUGGAGGAAUGUCUACAGCAUCUUUGGAGAUCACUGAAACUGGAAAUGAGCUACGAGGAAUAUUCUCUGGGAAGCUCUCCUUGGAUGUAAAUGAGAAUUCAAAAUGGAACAUAAACAGGAGUGGUUUUUGUGGAAUGCGCUCCAAAAAGUUUGAUGGCUUCAUUAAUUUGGAUUUGUAUGAUUCCAUUGCUUUGAGGCUUAAAGGAGAUGGAAGAUGCUAUAUAUCCACUAUUUAUACUGAGAAUUGGGUAAACUCACCAGGACAAGAGGAAGAUAAUUCAUGGCAAGCAUUUGUUCUAGCCCCUAAAGAUGAUUGGUAUAUUGCCAAGAUUCCUCUUGAUCGAUAUUUACCAACAUGGAGAGGGAAUAUAAUAGAUACAGAGAUGGAAAUGAACCCAUCUCGUAUUGUAAGCAUGUCUUUAUCAGUGAAUGCUGCUGCUGGCGUUCCAGGUGCAAGAUCUGGCCCCGGUGACUUCAAUCUGGAAAUUGAUUGGAUCAAAGCCUUAAGAACUCAGUAAGUGAGUUGCUGUUUGGUACUCUUUCAUGCCGUUUUGUGCUUAAGAGAGUAACAUAAUUCGCACAUCCAACGAAGAAAAAAAGAAUCAAUUUUGGAACCAAAUUCUGGUCCACGCUUCUUCUGUUGUUUGAAGAAGGUAGUUUAGAACAUAAAAAUACAGAGCCCAACCUGGAUGUUUGUGCAUUGAAGGUGCCAUGUAUGUUUGAAGGGAAGGGAAGACUACAAGAUGGGCUUGACCUAAAGCUCUUAUAGACACCUUAUUUAUUUUAUCUACUUUGUAUUUGGGUUAGGCACGUAUGGUUGGAGACAUGCGAAAAUACACAAAUAAAUGAACACGAUGCUUUUUCUGCAUGGUUCGAUUCUCCAA